CUUGUUGCUUCACAGGAAAUCACUCUGAGGCCCGACAGCCAGGAUCCAAACUUCUACGAGGUUUUUAUUGAGAGUCCAGACGAAAACUUCAACCUGGAGCUGCUGCAGACUCAUUCAGAGAAAGUUUGGUUCUGUGAGAUUAGGAAAGAUGAUCAUCCUAAAUCUGGUUCCACUGGAGGUGGAGGAUGUUCAACAGAAACUGUUACUGUGAAGAAAGAAGAGGAACAUUUUGUGGACAAACACAGAGAGACACUGAUCCAGAGAGUGAGGAACGUAGAACCCGUCUUAGAUGGACUUUUACAGAACAAAGUUCUGAUGGAGGAAACCUACGACAGGAUCCGAUCUCUGCCGACCUCUGAGGCUCAGCUGAGGGAAAUCUUCUCCUGCCUCAGAGCUGCUGACGAAUGCAAAGACAUUUUCCUCUCCAUCCUUCAGGAGAAAGAGCCACACCUGAUCACCGACCUCCAGAGGAAAUGUUGAGGAGGAACCAGGG